UUCAUUGGCUCCCAGUAUGUUUCCAAGCACAAUUCAAAGUGUUGAUGCUGACCUUUAAAGCCCUAAACAGCCUCGGUCCAGUAUACCUGAAGGAGCGUCUCCACCCUCAUCGUCCAGCCCAGACACUGAGGUCCAGCGCCGAGGGCCUUCUGGCAGUUCCCUCGCUGUGAGAAGUGAGGUUACAGGCUCUAGUAGCAUAAGAGGAGAAAAAUGUCUUUCUCUCUGCAUAAUCUUACAUAGCUCUAUCAUACUUCCUUUAACCUUUCUUAAUGGUCCUCAAAGGGUAUUGACCUAUUAUGAUAAACAGUAUAUUUUUGUUCCUAUAUCACUUGCUAGAUAAACCCCUUCCUAUAUUUGAAAUAUGGGCAUGGUCUGUCCUAUUUGUGCUAUGAGCCAACAAGAUUGCUAAUUAUGUUCAAACCUGUUGAUGCUAAUAUAUGGCUUUGAGGAACUGAGUUGAGCACCAUCCUUUAUCUUGUACCAAGUGGCAGAUGGUAGUCCCUUUCUGUCACAAAUAAUAUGCAUCAGAAUGAUGGAUUUGAAAGCAGAGAGAUUCCAUAUCUCAUUACUUAUCCUUGAUUCUCAGAUGCACUCUUUAUUCUUUGUUCCAUUUUAUUAAUCUGGCAUUUUUGUUCUUCUACAAAAGGAAAGAAAAUAAAAAUAAACAAGAUGGAGGGAGGGAUGGAGAGAAGAUACUCCAUUUGGUUGCAACUAAAACAAAAUGGGAGUGAAGUUCUUUGGCUAAAUCUAGCUUAAAAUUGUUUUUUAACGAACAAAAUGUUAACUUGAUACUACAUGAAGGAACUGUUUUAUAUGCAUAAUGACUCAUAGGUUGCUUUUGAAGGUUCAACUGGGAUUCAGGCUAGAUAAAAGUCUGCCCACCAAUAUGUCACGUAUGUUUCUGAAUCUAUUAGUUUUAGUUAAUAGUCAAAUUCUUAAGAAGCACAUUUAGAUUCGCAGAUUAAAAUUUAUUUGAUGUAGUCAUAGCACUAUCUGAUACCUUGCAAGAAGAGUGGGGGGAACUGAAUCUGGUCAGCAGGUCAAAUCCUUAUCUCCACACACUUCUGUUGGACAGGUAGGUGGGACUGUGCACCUGUCAAUCACCCGAUGUCACAGUGCUGUCAGAUGACCUGCUUUUAACCACAUGGUUUGAAAUCAAACCGCAUCAGCAAAAAUGUGUGUGCAGGGCUUCCCAAAGCCCAACAAUCAGCUGAUAGUUGGCACGUGGGAUGUGAUGCGCAAGGUGCUUUACAAGCACUGUUGAUCAGUGGUUCCUGCAAAGUCCCUUUUGUGCAAGCUCUGCCUUUACACCAGAUAUAUGACAUUAGGUGUAGGGCACAUGGGUGUGGCUUGGAUGAAACAGCUUCAUGGGCCAAAUGAACUAAAUCAGUCCUGCAGGGCUGGAAAUGCCCCAUCUCUGCCUCACAGCAGCAUAAAGAACUAAGGCUCUUAAUUCUUCUGUAGGCUAUCAUUCAUUCUCAUUAGUAGAUGACUUGAAUCUCAUUUAGUUUUCUGUUGUGUGACACAAAUUUUAAGCUAGGAUAAAUAUGUGCUUAGGAAAGCAACUAGUAAUACAUGUUAACUAACUCACUGAAGUUAAGCUGCAGGAAAUGAGGAAGGGGAUAGUUUUUGCUGGGAACAGCUGUGUGAACUAUGGUUUAAUGGAAACAUGCUUGUGCACAUUGCAAGGCUUGACAUGUAUAUAUCAUAGAAUCAUAGAAUUGUAGAGUUGGAAGGGACCACGAGGAUCCUCUAGUGCAGCCCAUAUAUAUGGUGCUAUUUUUUAAAAAGUGAAGAAAAUAAAAUAAAAUACUUUGUAUCCCAAGAUAAACCUCAAGUGUUAAGUGAAGCACAAACCAUUUUUGUGUGAACCAGGUUAGUGAGUGCAAUUAGAGGCAUUGCUUUCCUAGUACUGUAUAAGUAGUAUAUUAUCAAUGUAGGCAUCCCUGUUUCCUAAAUGUUUUGCGUUUAAUUUCUUAUAGUGUAAAUAUCUGGUUGAGCUAACAUGAGAGAGAGUAAAAGCAGUGUGGUUUACAAAGCUUUUUCAAGAAAAGAAUGGUUUGAGAUGGGCUUUCUUAUAUUGGGGUGCAUUGCAUGGUCCCCCCCCCCCGAUGCCAUACCUAAUUGUGUGUUACAUUUUCUAUUCAGACCUUCUUCCAAGGAGCCUAUCUAGCCUCUGUGUGAGAGGUAAUGCUAAUGGAGUAUGACUUCACCAUGUGUGAUAGUUACCAUUGCCCUUAUACAAUAGUUUACUAGGUACCUAACCAUCUUAGACUCCAUUUGUUGGUUAGAAUAUGGUAGCCCAUACAUGCUUUGUUCCAGACAGCAAAACCUUGGGAGCUUAUGAAAACAGAAUGUUCAAAUUCAGCUGCUUUAAGUGGCCAAAUAUGAUAUUGAGACUAGAGGUGCAUUGCAAAUUGCUGACAUCCACAGAUUACUUUUAUUGUGGCUAGCCAGACGACAUGAUCGUGGCGCCUUUAAGACACUGAACACAGAAAGCUUCUCUUGGUAUCACUGUUAUUAAAACACUUUAUCAAAGGUGGCCUGUUGAUUUUAUGUAAGAGUCCAAGGAGCAGACUUCUUGAACUUUGACUUUCUACAUGCUAAACAGAUUAUUGCUACUUUGUUCAUGGUGGAUCGCUUCUGCUGCGUAUGCUUUAUGUAGGCAGCAUUUGUUGUUUUCUGUGUUCAGAAGAAUAUUUUGGCUCAACAAUAAGCAAAUGAAGAAUGAAGAUGUGGCAACACUAGACAUGCAAAGCAUUCAACCAAUCACACCACCAAGCCAAGGAAGGCCAGAUUCACCAGUUUAUGCUAAUUUACAAGAACUGAAAAUAUCUCAGUCUGCACUCCCACCUUUACCUACAAGCCCUCCAAUCCAAAUUAAUGGGGAAUGGGAGACCCACAAAGAUACUACAGGACGCUGUUACUAUUACAACAAAGGAACACAAGAGAGAACCUGGAAACCCCCACGUUUCACUCGGGAUCCAAGCAUAAGUAAAGCAGAUACUGUGAAUCAAGUAGAUCAAGAGACUCUUUCAUCACAAGAAAACUCCUACAGUUCUUGUAACAACCAGUCAGAUAGUCAGUAUGGUUCUCCUCCCAAAGGGUGGUCAGAAGAGUUGGAUGAACAUGGCCAAACGCUAUAUACCAGUGACUAUACUAAGGAAAAGUGGAUAAAGCAUGUUGAUGAACAAGGUCGGCCAUACUACUACAAUGCAGAUGGAUCCCGGUCAGAAUGGGCACUGCCAAAAUUUAAUGCUUCGCCACAGCAGCAAAGGGAGAUAGUUAAAAGCAGGAGUCUGGACAGGAGGCUACAGGAACCAAUAGUUUUAACAAAAUGGAGGCACAGCUCGAUUGUGUUGGACACUAAUGACAAGUUGCCAACUAAUUCUUCUGAACCUCUCUUGCCUAAUCCUGCAUAUUUGUUCUCAACACACCAUGAGCAAGAUUCUCCGGUUGCUUCAAAGACCGCUUUUCCUGAGAAUGAGUAUUCUCCUUCCUCACCAAAGCAUCAAGCCACAGACCAAGAGAAGUAUGGCUUAUUAAAUGUGACAAAAAUUACAGAAAAUGGGAAAAAAGUUCGAAAAAACUGGAUGUCAUCAUGGGCUGUAUUGCAAGGUCCCUCGUUAUUGUUUACCAAGACUCAAGGAAGUGGAACUAGCUGGAAGUUUGGGGUCAACCAAUCCAAGCCAGAGUUCACAGUGGAUCUCAGGGGUGCAUUUGUCGACUGGGCUUCUAAGGAGAAAUCUAGCAAGAAGAAUGUGAUUGAGCUGAAAACACGGCAAGGAACAGAAUUAUUAAUACAGUCGGAUAAUGACAUUUCUGUAAAUGAAUGGUUUAAAGUUCUUAAUUUUGCUAUCAGUAACCAGACAGUAGAGUCUGAUGAGCCAUUUGAUGAUGAGUUGCCAGAUUCUCCUGGGGUGGAAAAACAGGACAAAGAGAAGGACCAUAAAGACUCCAAAAAACUUCGUUCAAUAAAAUUAUCUGGCAGCAUUGAUGCGUCAGAACAGAAAAAGACCAAAACGAAACUGAAGAAAUUUUUAACCCGCAGACCCACAUUGCAAGCAGUCCGUGAAAAAGGCUAUAUCAAGGAUCAAGUGUUUGGUUGCAAUCUAAACAGCUUGUGUCAAAGAGAGAACAGCACUGUGCCAAAAUUUGUGAAACUGUGUAUUGAAUAUGUUGAAGAACAUGGAUUGGAUGUUGACGGGCUGUAUAGAGUUAGUGGCAAUCUUGCAGUAAUACAGAAGUUGAGAUUUGCUGUUAAUCAUGAUGAAAAACUGGAUUUGAAUGACAGUAAAUGGGAAGAUAUCCAUGUGAUUACAGGAGCUCUGAAAAUGUUUUUUAGAGAACUGCCAGAACCACUAUUCACUUACACUCAUUUCAAUGACUUUGUUAAUGCAAUCAAACAAGAGCCUAGACAGCGUGUUCAUGCUGUAAAAGAGCUGAUUAAACAGUUGCCAAAGCCAAAUCAAGAUACCAUGCAGGUGCUCUUCAAACACCUCAAGAGAAUUGUAGAAAAUGGAGAGAAGAACCGAAUGACCUAUCAAAGCAUAGCCAUAGUCUUUGGUCCAACCCUCUUGAAGCCAGAGAAAGAGACUUGCAACAUAGCUGUUCAUACCGUGUAUCAGAACCAGAUUGUAGAAUUAAUCCUACUGGAAUUGAACUCCAUCUUUGGACGCUGAACUUCUCCGGUGAAACUGGCCUUAGUAGGAGAACAACUUGGUUUCGGCAGAAACUGCACCUCUUUUGUACAUUUAUGCAUUUGUGGACCAAGCAGCAACUUGAUAUUUUUUGCACUUUUGUGGGAGAGGGAAGAGUGUGUGAUUUGUUUUACCUGGGCUUUUGUGGAACUAUUAAAACUUAUUUACAGUUCACUUAAUGUUGUGAAUGUUUCAAGGUUUAAACUCCGUAACUACACUGGAUUCCAUGGGGAGAGAAGCUAAGCCUCGGCCUCGAUCUCAAACUGGAUAACCUGGAAUAGUGUUUUAAUAUUGAUUUUUAAUUUUAGGUUCACCACUUUGUUUUGGGGAAUAUAACCCCCAUAAACUGACUUUGGAAACCUCCAUGGGCAUUUUUAGUGAAUAAUUACAUUAUAUGCUUACGUGUUAAACCUUAAGAUCAUUCCUGUAUCUUGUCCACAGGGUUUCUGCAUUCCUAUUUGACAGGCUUAAACAAAUGCUAACAGUGGCCAGUGUAAAUUCCUCAUGUGAGGUUUGCUUUUUUUAUUGUUUGAACUUUGCACAUAUUCUUGCUGGCUCUCUUGAAUGCACACUAGUAUUACUUCACAUACUGAACUGGUACACGUAUUCUGCAGAGGGUAUGCCAUGGUCUGUGAUGAACCAGAGCUUUCAACUAAUAAAGUUCCUUUUUUCAGGAUAUGUUUUGGGCUACACUUUACCUAAAUAGUACCUAACAAUCCUAACUGAAGGUUGAUUUCCACACUGUACUGAAUUAUUGUCAUGAACCUGUGGUAGUGAAAUUGGAUGUAAAUAUAGAAAUAAUUCCUAACAGUGUUUUUUUAAAAAAAUCUAUAUACACUGUUGCAUAUAGUUUCAGAGUACCUCCUUGUCCUACAUUUCUAAUAAUGUGUAGCUAAGUAACUGGUAUUGUGAUGUCUCCAAUGGAUGUCUGAGUUUCCACAGAGAAAUGGGCUACUUGUGCACUUUUAAAUGCUAAUUACACCUGCAUGCAAAUAAUUGUAAUGCAAACGGUACUGGAAAAAUACUGAGUGUGCUUGCUUACAUGGUUAAUGCACUACAAGCAGAGCCUCUGAUUUAUUUAAUAUGUACAGGAGCUACAUUAGAGAAAUGUAUGAGAAAUUCUAACAUCUAUAAAUAGCAGAAGCCUAUGCUUGAAUAGAUGGAUGGCCGGAUAUAAUGAAAAUGCUAAAUUUCAGGAUUCCUUUUUACAUUAAUAAUGUAGAUUGAUUUGUAAAAUAGGUUUCAGAUUUUGUUACAGGAGAUGUGGUCUGCGGAAGAUUUUUUUAAAAUGUAUUUUUCUAGACUAACCGCUGUAUCUGACAUUUGCUAUGUGGAAUCUGAAUAAAGAAAAUUGUUAGCUGUUUUGGAAUUUGAUGCUCCAGGUUUGGAUGGAAUUAGAUUGCAGUGAAACUGUGUGUACAAGAUAGCAUAUCACCUGUUCGUUGGUAUUUUAAUUGAAUCAGGUACUGCUUUUAUUAAAAUCUCUAAACAGCCUUUUGGAGUAUUAAAAAGCACUCAAAAGUGACAUGCAAGCAAGAGUGAAACACAUAUAAAACCACUAAUUGACUCAGUCCCAAAACUACUGCUGGUGUUUGAUCCCUGUGAACACAGAGGGCCUGAAAGAUUUUUAAAUCUUACAGCCUGCUGUGAGCCAGAAAACCUACUUGCGGGAGGCAUUCCAAAAGUGUGACACCACUGCAGAAAAGACCCUGCUUAAUACAUUAUGAUCACAAAAGUUGAAGGAGUGAAUUAAUUUCUUAAAACAUGCUGGGAGAAAUCCCCUUGAGG